UAAAAUCAUGAAGUUCCUAAUCUUACUACAAAUAUUAUUCAUUGCAGUAACAGUAUUUGCUGAGGAUUCUGAAAUAACCAAGGCUAUGAAAAGGCAUGAAGUCAUACCAGAUCUUUUAGAUGAGGGACCCCAGGAACUAUUAAAGGUUUCCUUCGAUAGCGGUGUUAUGGCUGAAAUGGGUAAAGAAUUAACCCCCACCCAAGUGCAAAAUCCCCCCAUAGUAGAAUGGUCAGCGGAAAAAGGCAUAUUUUAUACACUUCUCAUGACGGAAGUGGAUGCUCCAUCGCGUGAGGAUACUUCGCUAAAGGAAUGGCGCCAUUGGUUAAUUGUCAAUAUACCAGAAGAUAAUGUUAGCAAAGGAGAUUUACUAAAUGGUUAUCAAGGUUCGGGCCCCAGUAAUGGUUCGGGAUUUCAUCGUUAUGUUUAUUUACUGUUCAAACAGCCAGAUAAGCUGACUUUUGAUGAAAAAUAUUCUGCUGCCAAUAGUAUUGAGGGAAGACCUAAUUUCUCCACAAAAAACUUUUCCGCAAAAUAUGGCUUGGGUGUUCCAGUGGCAGGAAAUUUUUAUGAAGCACAAUACGAUGAGUUUUCGAAUGUUCUAUUGGCUAGAUUGGGUUUGAAUCUGUAG